GAUUAACUAAAUAUAAUAGUCAACUUUAUAAUUGUUAAUAUUCUGAAAUAAGACAGUCUUGGUGACGUGUACAGCCUAAAAAUACGACCUCCGGAGGCUGCAGCCUUCAGAUUGAGAAACGGCCAAGGUGGUUAGUCCAGAUAACACUAAAAUGUUCAAUGACGAAAAUAACUAAAAUACAAACUUAUUCAUCAUGACAAAUAAGAUUCAUAACACACAUAAAGUACUAGAUAAGUCUACAAGAUAAAUUUAAGAGUGUUUUUUAGUUUGAUUUAUUUAAUGGUGUGGUUUAUUAAUGAAUCUGCUGUGACGCUCCUGUAAAAAUAAAUCUCAUUCAAUCUUAUUAUCCUCCUCUCUCUGUCUCUCUCUCUCUCUCUCUCUCUCUCUCUCUCUCUCUCUCUCACUCUCAGCUUCUCUCUCUCUUUCAGUCUCAGUUGUGUGUGCGUGUGUCAGUGUUCGUGUCGGUUCACUGUAACAGGAUUGUCUUACUCGAGUUCACGUGUUUCAUCUCAGAUUCGUAGAUCUGCAGUGAUUGAGUUUUAUUAGAUGUUUGUUAAAUAAUUAUAAUAUUUGAUGUGUAUUUUGAGUGAUGAGCGCUUGUGAAAACUCAAGUGAGUCGAGACUGGAGUCCGUCAUUCAGAGGUUGGAGGAAAGCGUUCUGUCUGAGGAGAAGCGGCUGACGGUUCAAGGAUCUUCUCCAGAUCAUCCAGUGACCGGUUUACCGGCCCGUGUACGAGAGAUUGUGUCCAGAAACCUCAGUGACACCAGUGCAGGUAUGUCAUCGGUUCUGUCAGUCCAGGAAGAGAACCGGGUUCUUCAGUCAGAACUGAGUCGUGUGGAGGAUCUACUGGCCCACAGUCGAGCAGAGCGAGAUGAACUGGCCAUCAAAUACAGCGCCAUCAGUGAGAGGUUGGAGCAGGCGUUGUGUUUGGAGGGAGGGGACGAGGGGAGGGACUCACCGGAGUCUCGCAGCUUUGCGCAGCAGAACGUAGAUCUGCGCAGACGCUUGGAUGAGGAGCAGGCGGCUUAUAAACGCAAACUCACAGCGUAUCAGGAGGGACAGCAAAGACAAGCACAGCUCGUACAGAAACUACAGGCCAAGGUUCUGCAGUAUAAGAAGAAGUGUGGAGAUCUUGAACAGACGCUGCUGGAGAAAUCAACUGAACUGGACAAACACAAACUUAAUGGUCGGUGUGAUUUUAACGGUCAUCGUAGAGAUGAAGAUGAACCCAGCAGUGAUUUGGAGAGCGCCCUCAUCCGUCUGGAGGAGGAACAGCAGAGGAGCAGCGGUCUGUCUGCAGUCAACGCCAUGCUGCGAGAGCAGCUGGAACAGGCCGGAUUGGCCAACGAGGCGCUCAGUCAGGACAUCCGCAGACUUACUGCUGAUUGGACUAAAGCCAGGGAAGAGCUUGAGCAGAGGGAAUCUGAUUGGAGGAGAGAAGAGGAGUCUUUCCACAGUUAUUUCAGCAGUGAACACAGUCGUCUGUUGGCGCUCUGGAGGCAGGUGGUCGGCUUCCGCAGAUACGUGUGUGAGCUCAAGAGUGCCACAGAGAGGGAUCUGUCGGACAUGCGUAAUGAGCUGGCGUGCGCGGGUCAGAGCGUGCAGCUGCAGUGUGUGAGCGCUUGUGCAGCGCUGCGCAGCCGUGAGGACGGGUCGACGCUGGUUCUGGAAAGAGAGACGGGUCACAGGCUCCAGCUGGAGCAGCAGCUGAGAGAGACACUGACUGAGAUGAUGUCCUUACAGGCCAAGAGUGAUUCUGAUAGAACUGAGCUCAACACACGGCUUGCAGACGCAGUGAGGGAGGUGGAGCGACUCAAAGCUCGCAUAGAUGACCGAGAACAAAAAAUCACGACUCUCAGCAGUGAACUACAGGUUCAGAGCAGUCAUGAGGAAUCAGAAGUAAAUAUACUGAGGACACAGACAGCAGCGCUGCAGAACACACUCCGACACGUCACACAGCUGCUGUUUUCUGACUGUGACCGUCUGGAUGGAGACACUGAAGAAGCCAUGCUGCCUCUACUGCGUUCUUCAUCACCUAGCCGCUCCUCGUCAUCACCGCACAUCAUCCCUGACACCUGUCUGUCUGCUCUACGCUCAGCAGUGACCAACAGACAACUCCAACUACAGGAGCUGCGAGAGCGUCUGCAGUCUGCGCAGUCAUCAGUCCAGCAGCUGCGCAGGCAGCUGGGAGAGGUGGAGUCUGGCCGACGGGAUGCAGAGCUGCGUAUGCAGGCGCUUCAGGCAGAGAGAGACGAGGCCCAUAGAGAGAGAGAGACAAUUGUGAGAGAGAGAGACAGGAUUAAAAAGGAGAGAGACACGCUGAGCAGUGUGAAAGCGAGCGUGGAUAAAGCAGCGCAGGCGGCACAGACGCAGGUGCAGCUACUGCAGCUGGAGUGCGAAAAGCUGCAGCUGGCUGUAACGUCUGCGCAGAGAGAGCGAGACCGUGAGAGAGAAGAGAAAAACGCUACCAUACUAGAGAGAGACCGAGCGAGAACAGAGAUAGACAGAAUUCAACAGUUGAGGGAGGAGUCAGAGACUCGUGCUUCAUCUCUACGUGUUGAACUGUCUGCAGUGAGAGAGUCUCUCCAGCAAGGGACGAUAGAGAAACAGCUGAUGGACACUGAGAACAAACAGCUGGCAGAUGCACUAAACAGGUGUGAGUCGAGUCACGCCGAGAUAUCCCUGUCGCUCAGUAAACUUCAGUCUGAGGAGUCAUCACUCAGAGAUUCACUCGCUAAGAUGAGCAACAUUAAUGAGAGUCUUGCACAGGACAAAUCCGACCUCAACAGCAUCAUCAUACAGCUGGAAGAAGAUAAGAAUCUGUUAGCGUCUCAGCGAAGAGAAGCAGAUCAAGAGAAAUUGACCAUCAGAGAUGAGCUCGUCCGCUCCGAGCAGGACAGAUUGGAGCUGGAAUCUGUCCGUCUUACUCUACACCAAUCGCUGCAGGAGUCUGAGCUGGCAAGGGUGGGGCUGGAGGCGGAGCUUCAGUCGCUGCGGGCAGACAGAUCCAAAUUACAAGACAAAAUUACACAGCUGGUGGGUGAGUUGAGCAGUUUGGAGGCGGAGCUUGGCGCAAUCCGUGGUGAAGGAGACCGGCAGAGCACCGCCCUUGAGGAAGCGGGGCGUGGGCGGGCGGAGCUAGCGCGAGAGAGGGCGGGGCUCUUGGUUCAGCUGACGGCAUCAGAAAGAGAGAAUGCCACGUUAACAGAAGAGAUCGCUGCCUUUAGGUCAGAGAGGGAGGCUCUGGAGACGAGUCUGUUUGAGGUACAACAGCAGAUGAAUCAGAUUGAGGCUCGACGAGAACAUCUGGAGGCAGAGAACCAGCAUCUGCGACUGCGCACCGACAGCAUGACAGCUGAGUUGAAGCGUUUGCGUACUGAUAAAGAGACAGUUUUGUCUCAGAGUGAGAGAGAGAAAGACAUGCUGAGAGAUGCACUCACGACCGCUCAACAAGAAGCACAGCGAUCUCUGCGCACCGCCCUCUCUGAACACCAGGAGGAGCUGGAGAGACUGACCAAUCAGAAGGAGGCACUGCGUUGCAGUUUGGAGGCUGAACACGAGGUGGCGCUGCGACAGGUACGAGAACAAAUGGAGGAGCAGAUGAGCAGACUCGAGAAAGAACGAGAUGAACUUCAGGAAGAGCUUCGGUCCCUGCAGCGAGACAGAAACCAGCGUCUACUGCAGGCAGAAACUGACAAACAGCAGGCGCUGUCCAUGAAGGAGGCUGAGAAGGCGGUACUCUCUGAGAAAGUGUGCUCCCUUCAGGCCGAGCUGAGUACUGCAGCGUUGGAACUGGACCGAGUGAAUCGAGAGAUGGUUCUCCUCAAAGACCAGGAGCGGGCUGCAGUCACAGCUUUAAAUGCAGAGCUGCAGGAAAUGCGCAGUCAUCUAGAGGACACAGGGAGUUUACAUGGCCGUGAGCUGUGCAGACUGCAGGAGAACUGUGCGGACCAGCAGACCCGAGCAGAUGCGGCACUCAGAGAGCUUGAGGAAUGCCGCUUCCUGCUCUCAGCCAGCGAGGAGAGUCACGACACUGCAAAGCGAGAACUUUUGGAGAUGGAUAAACGCUUUUGCCAAAUACGGGAUAUAGGCGAGGGGCACAGACGAGAUGGGGCGGAGCUACGGCGGGCCAUCAGUGAUGUAACCAAAGAGAGGGACGCUCUGAGCCAAUCAAAUAAUCAGCUGAGGGAAGCACUGCGAGUGGCUGAGAGCGAGAGAAUCAGUGUGAAGCGUGCGUGUGAGGAGAGCGAGCAGAAACUUUCAUUGCUGGAGGAGACUUUGGCAUCUGUGCAGAAAGAGGCAUCAGAUCUGCGCAGUUGUCUGCGUGAGGUGGAGAGAUCCAGACUGGAGGCACGCAGAGAGCUGCAGGAACUGCGCAGACAGGUGAAAGUUCUGGAUGCAGAGCGAGAGCAGACGGGAAAACAGAUGGCCGAGCUGCAGACGCGUCUGUCUGGAGAAGAUCAGAAAGAUGAAGAGAGAGCGCGAGAACUGAUAUCUCUUAAACAAAAACUCACAGACACAGAAACUACCAGAAAUGCUCUUCAAAAAGAGCUGUGUUCUCUGCAGAGGCGUCUGAGUGAAAGCGAAUUGUGCUGGCGCUCUCGCGAGCGAGACUUGACGUCUCAUCUACAGGAAGCUCGCGGCUGUGAGAAGAAGCUUCAGGACGAGGCUCGCAAUCUCGCCCUGCGUGCGCAAACAGCCUCCGAUGCGUCCGUGCAGAUGCAGCUGCACCUGAGCGAGGCGGAGGGUCGUCUGGCUGCGACGGAGGCUGAGUUGUCGCGUGCCGAGGCCGCCCGCAGAGACCUGGAGUUUAGGCUGUGCAGUCUGCAGUCGGCGCUCACGCGUACACUAGGCAUUGGGUCUAGCGGGCGGAGCGGCAGCAGAGGGCGGAGUCCGGCAGGCUCAUCCCCUUCCUCUAUGAUGUCUCUGUCUCGACAUAGGAGUGUGUCUCCACUGCGUUGCUCGCUAUCACCACACAAAGAUGUGGCAGGUAAUAUAACUCCAGAUAACACGGUAAUUCUGCGGCCAUUGUCUCCAGAAAGGACAGACGCGCCGCUGCCCGUCGCCCUGCCUGAGCUCGAUCCUGAAACGCUUCGCAGUGGCCUUAGAGACUUCCUGCAAGAGCUCAGAGAAGCUCAGAGAGAACGAGAUGAGGCACGGGGUCAGUUGGGCUCACUACAGAGGGAAUUAGAGGAAGUGACAUCAGAGAGAGACUCCGCCCAACAUCGUGUGCUUCAGCUACACAACACACUACAAGAGUGCCAAGAGGAUAAGCGUGCCGUGGAUGGGAAACUGUCAUCAGCUCAGGCUUUGCUGCAUCAGCAUGAAGAACAGCAGCGGAGAAGCGAGAGAGAAAGACGUGUUUUAAACGACAAAAUCAAAGAGCUGGAGAGAGUCUUACUGAACGCUGACACUGAACGCAAGCGUGUUGAGGAGCAGUGCAGCAAGCGACGAGCUGGAGAGGCACGGUUGGAGGCGGAGCGUCAUCGACUGCGUGAGGCUUUGGAGGCGGCUGAAGGGCACGGCACGCGGGUGGAGCUGGGGAGGCGGAGUUUGGAGGGAGAGCUGCAGAGACUGAGACUGAGUCUGGCCGAGAGAGAGACAGAGCUUCUGUCUGCUAAUGAACGACAUGAGAACAUCCUCAAACAGGUGGCGGAGGGUGAAGGACGCCUCUCGUCUCUUCAGAAAGAGGUUGACAGAUUGACGCUCUUACUGUCUAAAGCUCAGGAGGCAGAGAGCGUUCAGAAAGAACGAGCGCUCGUCCUCUCCCAAAACCUGCAGGAAGCCACCGCAGCCCACAGCGCCACUCAAGGACGCCUUGCUGCUCUGCAGAAAACACUGGGACAGGCCGAGAAUGAACGCAGACAGCUGCAGGAGCGUGCAGAUGAGCUCAGAGCAUCCGUGUCUGAGAGCAAACGUAAUAGCACUGCUCUCAUGGAGCGCAUGCAGACGCUGCAGUCAGAUCUGAGUCAGAGUCAGCUGCGCAGAUCUGAACUAGAGACUGAGCUACGCAACACACAGGAGACUCUGCGGCAGAAAUCUGACAGCCUGGCCGAGACCCAGCGCAGUCUACAGUCUGCUCAGACAGACCGCGCGGCUUCAGAAGAGCGUCUGCGCAGCCUGCAGAGAGUCGUGGCGUUACUGGAGACAGAGAAGAGAGAUGCAGAGAGACAGGCCGUCCGCUUGGAAAAAGACAAAAGUGCACUGAGAAACACUCUGGAUAAGGUGGAACGACAGAAGCUAAAGACGGAGGAGAGCAGCAUGCGUCUGUCUGCAGAGAAAGGACGACUGGAUCGUUCGCUCAACAGCGCUGAACAAGAGCUUCAGGACGCACAGAGACAGAUCGCACUGCUGCAGGCUCAGCUGGGUGAACUGGAGCAGAACCACAUUGUUAGCGAGCAGUCGGCACGUCUGCGUGAGGACGCCCAGCGCGAGGCCGAGCGACUGCGUAUCAGUCAGCGUGAGGCAGAGCGAGCGCUGGCUGCCCGAGAGAGAGUUCACCGUCAGCGGAUUAAAGGUCUGGAGGAACAGGUGUCCACGCUUAAAGAGCAGUUACAGCAGGAGAUCCGACGAAGAACACCGUUCACGUCAUCUGCACCUACUCUGAGCUGAUCCCAGAACUGCUUUAGACUCACCUGUGAUGAUGUCACCACAACGAGCACAUCUUCUGUCCCAGAGAUGAUGAGACUUUUCUCGCACGAGUACACAGAGACACCACAGUAUAGACAGUUUCAGCAGGAACAACAUGAACAAAUGGCUUUUGUGGAACAAACGUAAUUUCCGGUGAGAGUAGUUUAUUUCUGAUAACAAGUAAAAUAAACAACACGUAAAUGACCUUAGUUCAAAUCAUAGCUAAAUCGUAUCAAAAACGAGACUUCAAAAACAAAACUACAGAUCGGCUGCCAAACCCCUCCCUUCACAUAGCGCUGAUCCAUGAUUGCCGUCUCCCCUCGUUUUCAGGAAACCAAAACAUUUCUUAUUUUCGACGAGGUAUUUGUUCCAGAGUUUAGUUUAGCCACUAGCCAGACCAUUAAACAAACAGAGACCGGAAGUUAAUUUGCACCCAGACACGAAACCGUCUAUAGAGGGGUGUAUGUGUCUGUUUACCCUGCUAAAAAAAAUUGCUGGUAUUUUUUGGUGCUGGUAUGCUGGUGACCACCAGCUAAACCAGCAUGAAAAUGAUGCUGGUCUAUGCUGUUUUUUCCAGCAGGUACCACUUGUUAUUAUGUUUAGAGAAAUCAUGGACGUUUUACAGAAUCAGAGUAGAUGACAGGUGUCUGAUUAUAUGAAUAUUAUUGUCUGUCUGAUAAUAAAUGAAAAUCUCACAUUCCUUAAACACUGACAAAUAAUGAAGAGAAAUACUUGAAUAUGUUUACUGUAGUUUCUUAAGUUAUGUGAAAACAUGUUUGUAUGCUUAUCUGAAAUACAAUUGUUAACCUGAUUUAUAUUUGUAAUUCAUAAUCGCUAUAUCAAUAUUUUACCUCAGGUGAUUUUUUUUUUAGAAAUCAUUUUAUGAUCAAAUAAAACCGUUUUCAUGAUCAGGUGUAAACUGAGGUAAACUACAUCUUCCUGCUCAAUCGACUGUUCAGAAUGCAAAUAUGAAUGUUUAUAAACAUGAAGGGUUUUAUUACCUAGGGUUUUCUGCUGUUGUGCUCCAGUUUCACAAUGAGAUUAAUUUGUCGAUGAAAACUUGAUUUAAGGCUAAAUAUCUUCUGUCAGAGUUCGCGCUCGCAUGCGUGACACCAGCAGCUCGUGAAUGGCGCGAAAUUGUGACGUUCAUUCAAACUUA